UGUCGUCUGAUUCAGCCCCGUGGUGUCCACCAAAAGUCGGAAGUUGGUUUUUUAGUUAGUCAAAACUUGACAAAAUGGCAGAAGACAACAGUUACGAGUCAAUGCUCUGCGUAAAACCCGAGGUUCAUGUUUACCGGAUCCCGCCGCGGGCCACUAAUCGUGGAUAUCGCGCUGCUGAUUGGAAGCUGGAUGAGCCUGCAUGGAGUGGCAGGAUGAAAAUCACUGCGAAAGGCAAGAUGGCCUUCAUCAAGUUAGAAGACAAAAACACAGGAGAGCUGUUUGCACAAGCUCCGGUUGAACAGUAUCCAGGUUGUGCAGUUGAAGCAGUCACAGACUCCAGCAGGUAUUUUGUGAUCCGGAUAGAAGAUGGCAAUGGACGUCAUGCUUUCAUUGGUCUGGGUUUUGCUGAUCGUGGAGACUCAUUUGAUUUCAACGUCGCUUUACAAGACCAUUUUAAGUGGGUGAAACAAGAAGGUGAGCUCGCAAAACUGGAAGCCACUCAGAGCGCAGCACCUAAACUGGACCUGAGCUUCAAAGAGGGACAGACGAUUAAGAUCAGCAUCGGGAACAUCAAGAAGAAGGAUGCAGCUGGUGCCAAACCGCGGCCGAUGGGUGGGGGUCUGCUCCCACCUCCACCAGGAGCAAAGGCUGGAGGCAUCAUGCCACCUCCUGGAGGACAGCAGACAGCCCCAGCUGUUCAGACUUACACUGCCCCCCUCUUAGACUUCGGCUCCCCUGUCCCUGCAGCCCAGCCCAGCGCUGACGUGUGGGGGGAUUUCACAUCUGCAGGUUCCAACUCCAGUAAAGAUGCUGUCAAAUCAGGAUGGGUGCAGUUUAGUUGAGUCGUGAGAAAACAUGCACACACUCAGGUUCCACACAUUCCACGGACAGGACCAUUGUGGCUGAGAAAGAAAGAAAAAAAAAAGAAACUAAAAGAGAGGAACUGUUAGGAAAAACUUGACCGGCUCAUUCACUGCACUUGUUUCUGUAAAGAGUCUGUAAACUAUAGCCUGCCCACCAACACACUCUGGAGGAACAAACAGCACAAUGUACAUACUUUUUUACAAUCUUUUUUUCCACACUCUGCUCUGCAGUGGGAUCUGUCUGUUGAUUAUUAGUAGUCAGGUAACCACUAAACCGUCACUGUUGGGGCUCUCUGUGAGAAAAGCGAGCACACUGAUGGCUCAAGGGAAAGGUUGUCGUCGUCACACUAACCAGGUGAAAUCGUCUGUACAUCGCCUUAAAUCAAAUCCUCCCUUAUUUCUAUUCUCAGUUUCUAGUCCUUUCACUGUUGAUCUGUCCAGAGCCAGAUUUGAUUGUAUCCCUCUGGUCCUCGUCGUUACAGCAUCAUGCAUUUAUUUUCCGUCUGCUCUCAUACAGUUAUCUCAUUACAGCAGCAUCACUCAUCUCAAGGUUUUCUGUACCAUUUGGGAAACUGAAGUAUCCAUGUUUUGUUUAGCUGUAUACCGGUGUGUGUGUUUUGUUUUUUGUUUGUAACAAUUAUCUUUCUAGGUUUUUUUUGUUUUAGGAGAUCGUACGAAGCUACUUUAAUAUUUGAUGAUUAGUUUUACAUUAGGGUUCUUAAGCCUUCAUCAAGAAAUACCAGGAUUUUUUUAAUCGCGGUGUUGGAAUAAAGUCAUGAUUGCCAUUUUGUCUGUCAUUCAAAGUUUGGAUAUUUUUGUUCAUGUUUGUCUUUGUGUACGCCCUUCAUGUGUCUUUUCCUCGUGUGUUGUUGCUUUUUAAAAUGUGCCUUUUUACCAAAUUGAAUUUUCCUUAAUCUUGCAUUUGCAUCGUGUAUUUGAUUAAGUGCCUUUCUGAAAAAGAUCUAAAAUGUAUAAAAUGUAAACCUAUGUCUUCUUGUAAAUAAACUAUAUAUUUCAUUG